AUGGUGCGAGAGGAUCUGAUCGAAGGCGCCAUCACUUUCCUCCAAGAUCCCUCAGUAGCCUCUGCACCCGUCGAUCAGAAGAUAGCCUUCCUCCGCUCCAAGAACCUCACACAAGAAGAGAUAGACGCCUCGCUCGCCCGGGUCGGCCAACCCCAAACACAACCACCACAAUCUAACUACAGCCCACAACAACAAUACCCUCAACAGCCCCAACAAUAUGCCUACCAACAGCAGCAACAGCCGCCCCCAUACUGGAAUCAACAACCACUUGAACCACCGCGACGAGACUGGCGAGACUGGUUCAUCGUGGCAACGGUAGUAGGAGGCGUAGGAUACGCCACAUACUGGACUGCAAAACGUUAUAUAUACCCGCUCAUCGCACCUCCCACCCCACCACAACUCGAAGCAGACAAAGCCAGUAUAGACGCUUCUUUCGACAAAGCAUUUGCUCUCCUUGAUCAGCUAGCCACCAAUACACAGGAAUUAAAGGUCAGCGAGAAAGUGCGAACAGAGCGAUUGGAUGCUGCGCUUAGUGAUGUCGAAGCUGUGCUCGAGAAGCUCAAACAAGCUAAUGAAGAUCGAGAGCGAGAGGGCAAGGGUAUGGCACGGGAGCUGUCGGAGGUGCACGAACAGAUCCCAAAGGCAUUGGAGAAGGAGAGGAGAAAUCAGGAUGAUAGAUUGCAGGAGUUGACGGGAGAGAUGAAGAGCUUGAAGACGCUUGUGGCGAACCGCAUGCAGGCGCCUCCUGCUCCGACACAGCAGCAGCAGACGGGGCAGAGACCCAUGUCGUCGUAUGCUUCGCAGCAGACGCCGCAGACGAAUGGCACAUCUGCCCCUUCUGCGCCGGCAAGCUCAACCACAGACAGUAGUACUUCGGUCAAUGGCUCGACGACAGAGAUUGAGAAGCCCGCUUCCGUGUUGCCCGAGAGGUCAGCGACGAGCAGUCCAUACGGCAGGAUGCUGGGUGGCAAAGCACAAAUCCCUGCCUGGCAAAUGGCGGCGAAGAAGCGCAACGAGGAGGCCAAUGGUGUUGAGAAGGAUGGUUCGGGUACAGAUGGCACGAGUGCGCCUGAGCCAAGACCGGCGGAGAAAGUGGCAUUGUUCUGGCGAGUCCUGACUGUGCACUGGUUUGCCUCUAUCCCCGAUUAUACACAUCCAAGCUUUCCCAUCCUGUUCGCUUUUAGGAUACAAGCCUAG